GAAGACCCUAACCGGAAGUGAGUAGCAAUAGUUUAACGCUGCUGCUUGUUUAGCUCUGCUCUCUGGACACAAGCUCGUAACUGGAUUUACUCAACAUGGUAAAAGGCCUCCAUAACAUUUCUGACAUCCAGGGCACAGACGAUGAAGCCUUCCCUCCUCUCCCACCUCCUCAUUCCCCGGGAGGGCAAGAUGAGGGAGAUCCUUUUGAAAAUGGGGAUGAAGGUGGCGAUGUCUCCAGACUGGCUGACGUCCCUGCUGCUAAAAGGAAAACGGUGAAGAGGCCGCAGCCUAAAUUGGACUCUCAGAGACUUAUCUCAGAGAGGGGACUACCUGCUCUGCGAACUCUGUUCGACGAUGUUCAUUUUAAAGGCAAGGGACAUGAGGCAGCAGACCUGUGGCUGCUGAUGCAGAAGAUGGAGAACUGGGCCCACAGGUUGUACCCAAAACUGCAGUUUGAUGACUUUAUUGACAAAGUUGAGAAGCUCGGUGCGAAGAAGGAAGUGCAGACUUGUCUCAAAAGGAUUCGGCUGGACAUGCCACUGACACAUGAAGAUUUUACUGAUAAAGAUGGUGAAGAAGCGACAGCACCUGAACUGCACAUGUUUGAUGAUCCUGAUCCAUUUAAUGGAACAAUCUUCGCCGACGAAGCACCAAGCCUGGUCCACUCGACUCCUGCUCCAGCUGCUCCUGCUGCUCCCUCUCCAGCUGCUCCUUCCCUGACUGAUGAGCAGCGGAGACGCAUGGAGCUGAACCGCCAGCGAGCGCUGGAGAGGAGAUUGGCUCGCAACCAGCAGCAGCAAACGGAUUCUCAGAGCGGCGACACAGCACCGUCAGCUGAUGAAUCCAUGUCUUUCUCCUCUGAAAAUAUUCUUGACAAGUCUAACAACCAGAAACAGGAGUUGGAGCCGGAGCAGGAGCUGGAGCCGAUCAGCAGUGAAACACAGCCACUGAGCCAGCCUCCUCACAAAGACUCUGAGCCUUCAGCUAAACCCAGUCAGCAUGAGGAGGAGACCAGCUUCAUUAUCAGCCCGGAUCAGCCAGUCAGCAGCAGGUGUGAGGAUGAGGAUUAAAGCUCAGACACAUGUUUCAAGCUAUUAUUGUUAGUUUUGUGUGUGUGUGUUCUGGUAUUAUAGUUCAAAGAUGUGUGUUCCUUAUGUUCAUCUGUUCUUCAGAGCUGCUGCUCCUAUCAUAAACACAGUGUUGUUUUGAAAUUAAAGGGUAUCAAUCAUU